GGAGAACAGGCACACCCUGCCACCGGGCGCACACCCGGAGAACAGGCGCACUCUGCCGCCGGGCGCACACCCGGAGAAUGGGCACACCCUGCCACCCAACACACACCCCAUGCCGCCAGGCACACACCCGGAGAACAGGCACACCCUGCCACCGGGCACACACCCGGAGAACAGGCGCACUCUGCCGCCGGGCGCACACCCGGAGAAUGGGCACACCCUGCCACCCAACACACACACCAUGCCACCGGUUGCACACCUGGAGAACACGCAAACCCUGCUGCCAGGCGUACACCUGGAGAACACACACACCCUGCCACCGGGCACACACCCAAAGAAUAUGCACACCCUGCCACCGGGAACACACCAGGAGACAACACACCCUGCUGCCGGGUGUACACUGGGAGAACACACACACCCUGCCACCAGGUGCACACCCGGAGAAUAUGCACACCCUGCCACCGGGAGCACACCGGGAGACAACACACCCGCCUGCUGGAUGUACACCGGGAGAACACACACACCCUGCCACCAAGUGCACACCCAGAGAAUAGACGCCCUGCUGCCGGGCGCACAGCAGGAGAACAAGCACACCCUGCCACCCAAGUCCCCUUUGCGCGCACACACACACACACACACACACCCACACCCUGAUUCACACACACACACACAUUUCCUGCUGCACGUGCACACACACAAUACAAAACCUCUUCUGCAUAUGCACUCCUGCUCCACUCUUCCCAUAGACCACAAACCCUGCUUCACACCCACCCGCAGUUACACACAGAACAGUCACCCUUCUGCCCACACACCUACACCCUUGCAGAAUACACCCCUAUCCACUACACAUCCCCUACAACACCUUCCACCCUCCCCACACACCCCUCAAAACACCCCCACACCCAGACACACAUGGGCUACACAGGCUACACAACUUGAGCUCGCACCUACAUCAAAUACACACGUCACUUUCUACACAACCCAACACAAAGCCAAAGCGCACACAACGUCAGAUGCGGAGCUCCCUGCACACUUUAACAAAUACGCCCCCGAUGGACACUCGCUGCCUCCGUGCCUUGAAACACACUCAGCUCACCACACAACCCUUGCGCACCCCCCCCCCAAACAGAUACACACGACCUGAUACACACGUGCGAUGCAGAUACUCACCAGCCUCUGCACAAAGCGUUCAUCACACAACUGUCCAGUUCCUUCCACCUCCAUGUAACUCCCCUGCCUCGGUCAGCACAGCGCCCCCUGCUGAGUCCCCCGAUCCCUGCCCCCUUCCCCGCCGUCCAACCAUCCCCGUCCCCACCCGUCCAACCAUCGACCCACUAACGCAUCCCUGUCCCCACCCGUCCAACCAUCGACCCACUAACCCAUCCCCGUCCCCACCCGUCCAACCAUCGACCCACUAACGCAUCCCCGUCCCCACCUGUCCAACCAUCGAUCCACCCACCCACCCUCGUACUCAUCCGUCCAACCACCCAUCCCUGUCCCCACCCAUCCACCCACCAAUCCCCGUCCCCACCCGUCCAACCAUCGACCCACUAACCCAACCCCGUCCCCACCCGUCCAACCAUCGAUCCACCCACAUCCCCGUCCCCACCCGUCCAACCAUCGAUCCACCCACAUCCCCGUCCCCACCCGUCCAACCAUCGACCCACUAACGCAUCCCUGUCCCCACCCGUCCAACCAUCGACCCACUAACCCAUCCCCGUCCCCACCCGUCCAACCAUCGACCCACUAACCCAUCCCCGUCCCCACCCGUCCAACCAUCGAUCCACCCACAUCCCCGUCCCCACCCGUCCAACCAUAG